AUGCACCACCAACAAUCAAAAGUGUCAUUUGGUAUCGUUAUCCCGGCUGCUGGUAGAGGGACACGAGCAGGUCAGGGCUGUCAAAAAGCCUACCGUCGGAUUUCGGGAGAUACUGUGAUCAACCGUACUGUCAAGCUAUUUCGCUCAUGGAACGCGAAUUGUCCAAUCGUGAUUGUUCAUCAUGCUGAUGACACUGCCUUACUCGAGGCUUCUAUCGACCGCGACAGCAGCAUCUACACUACGACUGGAGGCGCUGAGCGAGGGGAAUCAGUUCUGAAGGGCCUUCGCUUCCUUUCUACAUUGCAAGACGCCCCAUCACAUGUCUUCAUUCACGACGCAGCACGACCAUUCGCCUCGCACCAACUGCUAGACAGUGUAUCAAAAUCUAUCCAACAGGAACCUUCCGUUGGGGUGAUUCCCGGCCUUGCUGUUGCCGACACUCUCAAAAAGGCCGACUCAAAUGGCCUCAUCACAGCAACCGUCCCUCGAGAUGGUCUCUUCCGUGCCCAGACACCGCAAGGCUUCGAGCUGAAGUUGAUUCUCGAAGCGCAUGAAAAGGCCGCCGCCGCUGGAAUGAAUUACACCGACGAUGCCGCCUUAUUCGAAGAAUUGGGAUUCCCCGUGCGGAUUGUCCCUGGGGAAUCGGAAAACAUCAAAUUGACCUACAGCUUGGAUUUUGACGAGGCAGAGCGAUUUCUGCAAACGAAACGCCCUUCUACAAAAACGCCUUUACCAGAUGUCCGAGUCGGUCAUGGCUACGACACACAUCGGCUUGUACCCGGUGAAGAGAUCACCCUGUGUGGCAUCAAAAUUCCGCACAAGGCAACACUACUCGGCCACUCCGAUGCGGACGUCGGACUACAUGCUCUGACCAAUGCAUUCCUCGGUACGAUUGCAGCGGCUGACAUUGGAUUUCAUUUCUCAGAUAAGGAUCCUCGGUGGAGGGGUGCUUCCUCUGAUAAAUUUCUGCAGCAUGCUGCCAAGCUUGUCGCCGAGGCUGGUGGUACUAUCACACAUUGUGAUUUGAGCUUUGUGUGCGAACUGCCACGCAUUAGUCCCCAUCGUGAUGCAAUGAGGGACUCUGUGGCGCGCAUUGUCGGGCUGGAUCGGAGUCGUAUUUCUGUUAAAGCGGGGACAAAUGAGAGGAAUGGAUUUGUGGGACGCGAAGAGGGUAUUGUGGCUUUAGCUACGGCUACGGCGGUUUUCCCAGGUUCUGUUUGA